AUGGCAAAAGCUGGCGACGUGCCGCAACCAGGUCCGGCGCGACUUUCCAAGGGCGCGGGGCCUGACGAAUGGCUUGCACAGGCCAAAUUGUGCAGAUAUCUUCCAGAGGCCGACAUGAAACGUCUCUUGACGGUGUGCGGUGAUAUUCAUGGUCAGUUCUACGACCUUCUCGAGCUUUUCAGGGUUGCCGGAGGCAUGCCAAACGAUGGCGCUCCAGCACCCCCAACCGUCCCGACCAAGACCAUAAGCGCUGCAGACAUAGAGCCACCGAGUACAAUCAAAGAUCCAAAAGCAAAGCGGAAGAUGAAGAGGAGGUUUCAAGCUGAUAAAAACUACACAUCACCUAGUAAUGCCGAAGAGUUGGAGGAGGAUGCCGACGAGGAAGAAGAGGAGCAGCGGGGUAGAAGUAGGAGUGUGAGUGCCGCAAGAAGCACGAUGUCGAAUGAAACAGAAACAUAUGAGAAUGUAAAGCUUGGAGGUAACGGUCAGCAGAAUUACAUCUUCCUCGGGGACUUCGUCGACCGCGGUUAUUUCAGUCUAGAGACAUUUACAUUGUUGAUGUGCUUGAAGGCAAAGUUUCCAGAUCGAGUCACACUUGUUCGGGGUAACCAUGAGUCCCGUCAGAUCACCCAGGUCUAUGGGUUCUACGAAGAAUGUCAGACGAAAUACGGAAAUGCCUCUGUGUGGAAAGCCUGUUGUCAAGUAUUUGACUUCUUAGCUCUCGCUGCUAUAGUCGACGGGAAAGUUCUCUGCGUGCACGGCGGACUGUCACCAGAGAUUCGGACCCUUGACCAGAUUCGAGUUGUGGCAAGAGCUCAAGAGAUACCUCAUGAAGGCGCCUUCUGCGACCUUGUCUGGAGCGACCCUGAGGACGUUGACACCUGGGCCGUAAGCCCUCGUGGAGCUGGGUGGUUGUUUGGGGAUAAGGUCUCGAGUGAAUUUAACCACGUAAAUGGUUUGCAGCUUAUUGCCAGAGCGCACCAGCUGGUGAACGAAGGGUACAAGUAUCAUUUCAAGGAUAAGGAUGUCGUCACUGUCUGGUCUGCGCCCAACUACUGUUACCGAUGCGGUAAUGUCGCCUCGAUCAUGUCUCUCGGGGAGGAUCUCAAACCAGACUUUACAAUCUUCAGUGCCGUACCAGACAACAGACGGGCUGUACCCGCCGGGAGAGGCACAAGAGGAGAAUACUUCCUCUGAUACGUUAAUGACACAUUCAUCGUUCUACCGGCUCAUGAAUUACAUGCAAGGCAUUUGUGUGCGCUUAUGGCUCACUUGGUGUUCAGUGUUUUGAUGUUUCAAUCAUAUAUCAGGUACGAAUUGACCACGGCACGGAUUGGUAUGGCUGAUGAUAUGUGUAUUAUACCUUUUUGCUAUACAGCGUAUGAAUAGAUCCUGAUGCGAUGAUUAUCUUG